AUGUCGCAAGCUGCUGCUGUUUCAUCGAACACCCUGCCUUAUGCUGACCUGCCCCCGAUUGUGGCGGCACUCUUCGAGGCUAAAGCAAAGAAAGGGUUGUCCUUUGAAGCUAUUUCUAAGGCAAUCGGAAGAGAUGAGAUCUGGGUAGCUGCAGCUUUCUAUGGACAGGCCAAAAUGUCUCCCGAGGAGCUCGAAGCUGUUGCAAAUGUCUUGGAUAUUCCCAUUGCUAGUGUCCAGAGUGAACUUGGUUCCCACUGGUGGCCUAAUCGUGGUAGCCUUGGACCUAUGCCUCCCACCGAUCCCGUCCUCUAUCGUCUAUAUGAGAGUGUCCUCGUGUAUGGGCAUGCCAUCAAGGCUGUCGUUCAUGAGAAGUUUGGUGACGGCAUCAUGUCCAUGAUCGACUGCAAAGUUAACGUUACUAAGAAGCCGGACCCGAAGGGUGAUCGUGUUGUUUUGACCUUCGAUGGCAAGUUCCUGCCCUACGCAAAAUGGUAG